UCGCAGAUCCCGAAGCGCAUCAAGAUGACCACGGACUUCCUCUUCCCCAAAAUAGCGGACUGCUCCUACGUGUCCUGUUACUGCGAGGAGAACGUGUGGAAGCUCUGCGAGCAGGUUAAGCGGACGCGGCCGGAGGAGCUGUCCAAGUGCUACGCCGUCUUCGUCUCCAACGAGGGUCGCACCGUGCCCCUGUGGCGCCAGAAAGCAGGACGCGGCGACGAUCAAGUUGUGAUAUGGGACUACCACGUCUUCUUCAUACACAAUCCCUUGCUGAAUCGCUGUUUGGUGUUCGAUCUGGACACCACACUGCCCUUUCCCACAUAUUUUCACAAGUACGUGACGGAGACGUUUCGCUCCGAUCUGGCCCUGCGUCCGGAGCACCACAGAUUCUUUAGAGUCAUACCCGCAGACACAUAUCUCAUUGAGUUCUCGUCGGAUCGGCGUCACAUGCGUCGACCGGAUGGCAGUUGGAUCAAGCCACCGCCCUCCUAUCCACCUAUACUCUCCAAUUCGAACAUGCACUGUCUAGGAGACUUUAUCUGCAUGAGUGCAGGAAAAGGUCCAGGAGCAGUCUACAGCCUGUCGGAGUUCGUGCAAAACUUCUACAAGUCGCCACAUGUGAUGGCGCAGAACAACAAGUAGAUGGAGGGCCAGAGGAUCCUGGAUAGGGGAUCUAGAGUGCCGGAUCGUGCAUUCGAUGCAUCCAACAGCCCACAGAUGCAGUACGCAUCCAACAACUCAACCACAUCCAAAUGCAAAUACAAAUCCGUAUCGAAAUCGUUUUGUCGUUGUCGUUACCAGACAGUUAAUUACCAAUUGCAUACAUAUACAUACAUACAUAUACACGCGAACAUAUAAAUAUAUUUAUGAUAAUGUA